CAAUCCUAUAUAGCCAAAGUAGUGGAUGGGGAGGGGACGCUACGUCACACUACAGAGGAAAUUGCUAAAGCUUUCAGUACAUUCUAUGAUGACCUGUAUAACUUCCCUAAGCCUACUGGCAACAGGGCUGACCUUCCAUCAUACGUCAAAACCUAUAUCAAACAUACCAUAACCUCAGAAUUGCGAGAUACCCUAGAAUCACCCUUCACAGUCGAAGAGGUAGAAUCGGCGAUAAAGUCAUUACCAGG